GUAACCGCACAUGAGAAAUGGUUGCCAACUGUCAUUCUGAUUAAAAAAAAAAAGAAGAAAGGAGGACGCCAAAAAAGAAGCAUAGAAAAAAAAGAAACUCGUUUCUGUUGUUUUUUUUUUUAAUAAGCGUUAUAAACGAUGGAUUUGGAUUCGAUGAAAUAUGGGGAGCUACGUGGCCUCGCGAAACAUCUCGGUCUGAAGGCGAACAUGAAGGCUGACAGGUUGUUGGAAGCCAUUAAAAAGCAUUUUGAGCAACAAAAGUGUAAUGAUGAAGAUAAGGUAGAAGAGACGGGAGGUGAUGUCGCCGCUGGGGUGAAGGCAGAUGAAACUAAGGAUGUGGUUUGCAUCGCGUCAGACAAGAGGAGCCAAAUGCAGAGCAGCAAGGACGAUGCAGUAGGUCGUCAAGCAGUGAGCACCGAGCAACGGACAAACCUGAAGUUUCUGGUGCGGUUGGGCAAAAGUCCGUCCGAAGCCCUGGCAUUGCUGCAGCAAGUGUACGGCGACGACACCAUGUCGCGCUCGCGCGUUUUUGAGUGGUGCAAGAGGUUCAAAGAGGGACGCGAGGACGUGGAGGACGACCCCAGGAGCGGGAGGCCGUCCACGAGCAGGACCGAGGCCAACAUCGAGCGCGUCAGGCAGAUGCUGCGCGGCGAUCGCAGGUUGACGGUGCGGUUGAUCGCAAACGAGCUGGGCAUGAACAGGGACAACGUCUGGAAGAUUAUCACGGAAGAUUUGGGCAUGCAGAAAGUAUGACGCUUCCCGACUGAAUGAUAAUCGGGGAACGAUUUUUUUGGGGGGACUAUGAUGAACUGAACUGAUAGAAAAAUCCCAGGAAAAGCCUACCGGAACAUCCGAACCUUAUUUGGGGUUAAUCGGCUGCAUUUUUAAUGCGACCAAGUGUGUGCUGAAUCCCAUUGAAUAAAAGUUUGAACGUGAUUGCUUCAUUCUGAACAGAUAUGGCGGUAUAACCCCGGCGACUUGAGGGUGUGCACACUUUUGCAUCUCCACUAUAUCAGUUGCUUUUUAUUUCCCCCUCCAAAAGAUGUCAUUUUAGUUUUUCAAUCAAGUUGCACAUGGAUGUGUGUUACAAUAGUAGAAAACGUUUUGACAUGUUUUAUCUUAUUCAAUUUUUUUUACAUCACAAAAGAGAUGUUUUGAUGAGUUGUUGCAUAAAUUAAAAGACAUGUACGUUG